AUGUCGUCUGACAACUCCAAAAAGUUGGUCCUCCAGAGCUCUGAUGGCGAGGAUAUCGUAGUCGAUCGUGAUGUCGCCGAGAGAUCAAUUCUCAUCAAGAACAUGGUCGGCGAUCUUGGUGAAGAUGCCAUGGAGGAGGCCAUCCCCAUACCCAAUGUCAAUGCCGCUGUCCUCAAAAAAGUGAUCGAGUGGUGCACACAUCACAAACAUGACCCUCCUGCAACCAAUGAAGACGACUCAGAUUCGCGUAAGAAGACGACUGAUAUCGAUGAGUGGGAUCAAAAGUUCAUGCAGGUCGAUCAAGAAAUGCUUUUUGAAAUCAUUUUGGCGGCCAACUAUCUGGACAUCAAGGCACUGCUUGACGUUGGCUGCAAAACUGUCGCCAACAUGAUCAAGGGCAAGUCGCCAGAAGAGAUCCGCAAAACGUUCAAUAUCCAGAACGACUUUACUCCGGAGGAGGAGGACCAGAUCCGUCGCGAGAACGAGUGGGCCGAAGAGUGA